ACUCAAUUACCUAGUAUAUAGUUUCACAUCUAGUGCUGUUAUUUAUAAAAUGUACAAAGACCUCAAACAAUUCAAAUCGUUUAAUUUUUUAUUCGAGUGCCCUUUGCAGGAAAGUCUUGCUAUCGAGUUAUUUAACAAAAAUAGGAAAGUAUAAAUUUCAUUCUGUUUACGUAUCAUAUAAUUGAAUCGAAAUGGAAGUUAAUCCAUUGAAUAUAUUUUUCGUAAAGUCGGAUAGCAAAGGAGAUAGAUUACUAUUUCGAUAUCCAUAUACAACAGAAAACAAAGAUGAAAGUAAACAGAAGAAAUGUGGUCGUCACAACCCAUACGCUAUCAACUCUACCGAAGAUUUAUUGCAAAAUCCUCAAUCUCAAACUUCUAAUAUUUGCAAAGGCCAACUGAGUGGAUUUACUGAUGAAAUGUUAUCAACAUUAUUUGCUGUGAAAGCAGAGCUUUGCAACAGAAAGUUUGAGCUCAAAGUGAAUGAUGUCAGAUUUGUGGGCCAUCCAACGUUGCUCCAUGACACUGCAGCUAUGAUACUCAUUAAUAUUGUGUUUGCUUUACAAGCGUCGGCAAGCCAUUCAAUAGUUAAAUGUUACUAUGAUUUGAGUAAAAGGCUAGGAAAAGCACUAAGGCACGAAGAAAAAAGAUGUUCCUAUUUGACUGAAGAAAUGAAAAUCAUGUUAGCAGCACAUGAUGAAGUAUCAGCACUAGAUAGUGAAAUAAAUGGAGAGAAUGAUGAAUAUGAAAGCAAUUCGCGUCACUCCAUCAGUUCGACAACACAAGGCACUGAAAAUGGUUCCGAACCAAUGCCCAAGAACGCAUUUCAUUUGAUAUUACAAAGAAGCUCUCUGGCUAAAUCUAUGAAGUCUGUGUUUGAAGAAUUAAGUAAUACAGGUAUAGUUCAAGUUAGAAUAAAUAAAUGGGUGCUUCUCUCAUUUUGUUUACCGCACAAAGCUCAUCAGAUUCAUAACAGAGGCCUCUCUGUAGAACCAGAAACAAUAGACAAAUGUGUUCUUAAGUUGAGACCUUACCAUGGAAUAUUGCUUAUGGUAAAUCCAAAUGAUUUAUUACAAUCAAUACCUUUAGAUGGAAGUCCCGCGCUGCUCCGUCUAAUAAAAUUGUACAGCCCAUUAAAGAGCUUACAAACAUUGGCUAUUGAAGCUGACUUAACAUUAACACAGGCAUUUCAGUUAACUGGUCAUCUUGUAUAUUGGGCGAAAGCUACAGUUAUAUAUCCAUUAUGUGAAGGCAAUGUGUAUGUUGUGUCGCCGGCGGCUAAUAUACAUAUACAUUCACCUCUUGUGGAGGAGUUUGCAAAGGAAUUCCCUGGAUUAUGUUUAUUACAGAUGCUGAGCGAGUUCUCGCUCCCCGCGCCGCUGUGGUACGUGUCGCGCAGCGGGGCGUGGGGCGCGCGGGGCGGGGGGCGGCUCGCGCGCCUCGUGGCGUGGCUGCUGCAGCGCCGCCUGCUGCUGCAGCUGCACACCUACGUGCAGUUCAACUCGCCGCACUGGCCGCGCCACCGCCAGAACAACCCGCAGGCGCUAGAUGGAAAAGAAUAUUACUGUGAAAAACACGACACGUAUUAUCAAUCAAACAGCAUAUCGUUUUCAUCACUUAACCAACUGCAGUUGAAUGUCCCCGAGCCGGUUGAGACUCGGGAAACUAUCAAGUCAUUCCCUGACUCGAAUAAAGACUAUCCCACACAAAACAACCUGAACCAAACUGAUUUCUCGCACACGAAGCCCAUUGUCAUAGAAUCUGACCACACAAAAUACGAUAAAUUCAAUGAAAUCGAUUCCGCCAAUCAUUCAUUCGACGACGGAGUUGAUGUUGUAGAUGGCAUUAUUAAAACCGAUAUGAAUGGUGAUUGCGACAAGGAAAAACCACAAAAGAAGCAAGCGAAUUCAGUUGACAGUGGAAUUUCGAAUAAUAUAAAUGGCAAUGGCAUGAAUGGUGAUCACAUAAAUGAGCAUUCAGAUGUAGAUCAUAGUAAAGAGGAAAAAUCACUAACUUCAAGAUUAUCGGAUUUAUCUCUUAAGGAUGGUCUGAGAGACACAAGUAGUGAUGAAGAUCGAUUCGAAAGUGAUGCUGAUGUGUCGCCGAGACAAAAAUAUCACGGCAUAAGUAAUGGUGUGGACAAGAAGAAUGGUGUGUCGCUGAAUUUGAAGUUACAAAGUGAAAUGAGUUUUCAGUCACCAACAGUAUGGACGGCGCCGCUCGGCUGCGACGCAGUGGACGCGUGUCGCUUACCCAACGAUCCACCGACAACUGAAUCUCUUCUCGAUACAUUCACUGCGGAAGAAAGAGCCGUGCUCGCUAAAAUACCCGCAGCUGAAAACCCCGAUGAUUUAUUGUUACUCGCACAAUUACAUAAAAAAGGUUACUUCCGUGGUGAACAGCACCUAGAAGAAAUAAUGUUCAUGGAGAAUGUCACUCGGUCACAACUAAUGCAGCUACUAGACAAAUUUAAAGAUGUCCUCAUAACGUUUGAGACAGAGGACCCCGCCGUUGCCAUGUUAUAUCCGUAUUAGUGUAGAUUCUUGUUUAUUGUUUAUAACCAAUAACCAAAGCCUAAUUGACAAUUUCUUGUGAUAAAGUGCUUUUGCUUACCUAUAGUUUUUGCAUAACACUCAUAAGGAUUUAUAUUCAGAACUAAAUCUGCCAUACCUAACUGCUCUUAUUAUUUUUUUAAGCACAUACAACGUCAAAUUGUUAAAUUAGUUUCCUUUAUGUGUAUUUGGUAUAAUAUAGCUCAAUAAAUUAUUAUAUUGUA